UUAUAUAGCACGCAUGCGUGUUGAUAUUAGGAUAAAGGAUUAGCGAAAAGUGCCUACAGUGGUAAAAUCAAACCUAUGGGAGGAUGUUUCAAAGAAAUUUGUCAUGCCAAGGGAUGAAACCCAUACCCUCAAUGUGAAGAAGGUCGCUUUGAAAUCUAUGAGUAAGGAUUGACUUCUCGAGAUUGUUUGAUCCUGUUUGCAUCAUUUCUUGGGAUUUAUAAUUUAUUUUCCUUUUAUUCGUACAGGCCAUGCAUGGAAGGAUUUCAAGUGGAAACUAAAUAUAAAUUAAGUCAAGAAGGACAAAACUCCAUUUGAGGACUAUCUAGAACUCAAGAAAGAGUGGUGGCCAGACUUUGUGGAGUGGGUUACCUCUGAUGAGUAUAUUGCUCUAGGAGAAAAGGGCAAGCAAAGCCAAAGCAUGAAUAAGUUCCGUCAAAAACUAGGUCGGCGAAGCUAUACUGUACAAAAGAGAAAAUGGGCAAAGGAAGAUGCACAAGCAUUAACCGAGGGUAAAUCUAUUCCAUUUCAAGACAUGCCAGAUGGUCGUCAUAAGGAUUGGGCAAGGGCGAGGAAUCCUUCUGGCGAUGUGAACAUAACAGAGUCGCAUCCAAUCAUAAAGAAAAUUGUAGAUCUAAAUGAAAAGUCAGUAGCUGGUACCUUUACACCAUUGGAUAAUAUGGACAUACUUGCAACAGCAAUAGGGAGUAAUCAUCCAGGGAGGACAACAGGGGUGAGUGCUUAUGUGGGUUUAGGUAUGGGUCUUGCUCAAGGUGAUGGCCCUCGUAAGAAGAAACGUAGAACAACGAAAGAAUAUGUCAAGAGGAUUGUGGAUGAGUACGAGGCCAAGUUUGAGAAACUGAUAGCCCUGUGUCAGAGUAUGGAGCGUCGAUUAAAUAAUUCUGAGAGUUGCUCAUCUUCAAAAUUUGUUGAUACACCAAACCAUGCAACACAUCAUUCAGUUGACUCAUUACAAGUAACUUCAUCUACUUGCAGCACAUAUGACUUAUCAGAUAACAAAAUCAAUGUUCCACUAAUAUUCUGCAUUUUCCCUUAA